AUGAAUGGCAGCAAGGAUGACCUCGAAUCCAUGUGGGAGAGUGGGGUCUUCGACGCCCACUGCCAUCCCACGGACAUCAUGGCAUCGGUCAGGGACAUUGCCAAGAUGAAAGCUCGAGUCCUCACAGUUAUGGCAACAAGGUCUCAAGACCAGGACAUGGUUGAAAAUGCUGCGAGAAUGUAUCCAGUCGACUCGCCUCAGGAUAUUGCAGAGGGAACCUCCAAAUACGUGAUUCCGGCAUUUGGCUGGCAUCCCUGGUUCUCACACCAAAUGCACAACGUGGAAAGUGAUGCCUCUCCCAGCGCAAUUGAGCACUACAAAUCCGUUCUUGUACCGGCGCCCGAUGAUAUGGACUUCUUGCAGUCUUUGCCCGCGCCCAGAUCGCUGCGCCAAUUCCUCGAGCAGACAGAAUCAAGGCUGAAAGCAUUCCCCUUUGCCCUCGUAGGAGAGGUGGGUUUGGAUCGGUCGUUCCGGUUGCCACAAGGCCCAAGCGCCAUGACGGGCGAUACAUCCAGCAAGACUGGUGGUUCGGAAGAGGAAUAUACCCCUGGGUCCCGCGAGGGAAGGCCACUCACCCCUUACCGUGUCAGCAUUGAGCAUCAAAAAGCCAUUCUGAGAGCCCAGCUCGACCUCGCCGCCAAGCUAGGACGACCCGUGUCUGUCCAUAGCGUCCAGGCGCAUGGUGUGGUAUUUGAUCUCAUGCAAAGUAUGUGGAAAGGUCACGAGAGACCGUCCAAAAGAGAACGGAAGCGAAAUUCGAGUGCUCCUCAUGCUCAUGCGGCUGGUGAUGGUGACAACGACGCUGAGAAAAGCAAGCGCCCGUUGCCUUUUCCACCUCGGAUAUGCAUGCAUUCGUAUUCAGGGCCUGCGGAAGCGCUGAAGCAAUUCCUCAGUCCCACCGUACCGGCAGACAUAUAUUUCUCGUUUUCGGCCGCCAUCAACUUCUCCAAUCCGUCGUCUGACAAGGCCACCAAUGUCAUCAAGGCAGUUCCAGAUGAUCGAAUCUUGAUUGAGAGUGAUCUCCAUUGCGCCGGAGAGACGAUGGACAGUCUGCUAAGAGAGAUUGUGCUGAAGAUCUGUGAGAUCAGGGGUUGGUCGUUAGAAGACGGGACAAAGCAGCUGAAGGCGAACUGGAUCAGAUUUGUCUUUGGCUGA